AUGGCCCAACUCACAAUUGGCUUACCAAAGGUCUACGCCGAAGGAAACAAAUGUGUUCCUCCGACUAAUGAAUUCCUCGCCGGCACCUGGCAUGUAACUCACUCUACCCUUCCAAUGUGGAAGGACAAACGCAACGUCAGCAUCACCUACACAACACUCCCUGCCGAUUCAUCUGGCGUGAUCAAGAUCGAUGAUCUUGUAAAAUAUCAAGGCCUCAACUCGGAGAAAAUACAAUCCAUCAAUGGCGUGGAUACCCCGUCCACAGCGAACCAAGGUGCCUGGGAUUGGCGAGGAAAGGGUUGGCUGAAAAUUGCGAGCUCUCAUUGGGAGGUUUUGGGCUUUGGUCAUACAGAUGAUGGUAACCAGUGGGUUGUGACUUAUUUCGCCAAGACUCUCUUCACGCCUGCUGGUGUGGAUAUCUAUUCUCGAAACAAGGAGGGGGUCUCUCAGGCUACCAUUGAUGAGAUUAUCAAGGGUCUGAAGGACUUUGGGGUGAAAGAGAUGACGGACUUGAUUGAAAGUGUGUUUCCGGCUUCGAUUCAAUGUCUGUUGGGUUACUGUGAUGCCGGUGGAGACAUCCCCGCUCCGCCUAUCUCUACAAAUCUCACUAUUCCCCCUCAUCUCAUCCAUGUCUUCCCAGCCCGGGUCAAAAUAAUGGAAACCGAAAAGAUACUUUCAAUUUCAGAUCUUGAAUCGGCAGCGUCUAGACUGCUCCCCGUUGCAACUAGAGACUUCUACAAUUCCGGUGCAACAAACCAAGUCACCCUCCGUGAGAACUCCUCCGCGUAUCAGAAAUACCGGAUCCUCCCUCGAGUCCUAAAAGAUGUGUCCAACGUGAACACCAGAAUCCCUCUAUUCGGCCAAGACAUCGCCUUCCCACUCUGUGUCUCUCCCGCCGGGCUACAAGCAAUGGCUCACCCAGACGGUGAACUAGCAACCAGCAGAGCAUGUGCCAAAUACGGCAUCAACAUGGGUGUUUCAUCCUACGCCAAUCACUCAGUGGAAAAAAUCACCGCCGCGGGGAAAGAGAUCGGACCCAUUCACCACGUCAUGCAGCUCUACUCGAUGAAAGACCGGGAGAAAGAGGAAAGAAUUGUUCGCCGCGCCGAGGCUGCUGGGUGCAAAGCUAUCUUCUUGACGGCCGAUAGCCCCGUGCUAGGCGUGCGGUAUAACGAAUGGCGGAAUGGUUUCCUGCCGCCGGCCGGUCUGGCGUACCCGAUGAUGGAGAAGACGUCGGAGCAAAUUCAGCAGCAGUCGCAUGACGAUGGGUUCAAGUCUUUUAAUGAUGAUUCUCAUUCUUGGGCUAAAGAGAUCCCUUGGCUGCGCAGUAUUACUAAGAUGGAAAUUUGGAUUAAGGGCGUGUUGACGCCUGAGGAUGUGGAGAUGGCUGUUGAGUAUGGGUGUGAGGGUGUAAUUGUUAGUAAUCAUGGUGGACGGCAGCUAGAUGAGACCCCUGCGACUCUUGAUGUGCUUCCAGCUUGUGUGAAGGCUGCUCGAGGUCGUAUUCGCAUUCAUAUCGAUGGAGGCAUUCGGUCGGGUACGGAUAUCUUCAAGGCUUUGGCGUUGGGUGCUGAAUGUUGCUGGGUCGGUCGUCCGAUGCUUUGGGGAUUGGCAUACAAGGGACAAGAAGGAGUUGAGUUGAUGCUCGACAUCUUCUACCAAGACUUCAAACGAUGUAUGCAACUGGCUGGUUGUAAGUCCAUAUCCGAGAUCAGCACGGCGAGCCUUGGAAUUUUCCGUUCAGAUGGCCCACUGGCUAGACUAUAA